CUGACUCAUCGACGUGUUAGCGGCGGUCGCGCAUAUAUGCACAAAUAAUAUACGCUCCGUGAUUUUAAUGUAUAACAUUAGAUUUUAUGAUAAAUAGAUAAAGUGUGUGUUUUAUAUAAAAAUUUUAUAAAAUAAGGGAAAAAUGUUAAAGUUUAUUCGAGGGAAGGGGCAGCAACCUUCUGCCGAGCGGCUAAAACUGCAGAGGGAAUUAUUUGCUUUCAGAAAGACUGUGCAACACGGCUUUCCAAAUAAACCAUCAGCUCUAGCAUGGGAUCCAGAAUUACGAUUGAUGGCUUUGGGAACUAUGUCUGGAGCCGUCAAAGUUUUUGGCCGACCAGGAGUAGAAUUCUAUGGACAACAUUCAAAUCCAGAUUGCUUAGUGCUAAGAAUUGUUUUUAUACCAGGUGCUGGUCGCUUAGUAUCACUGUGCGCUGACAAUUCGUUGCAUUUGUGGGAGAUAAACGAAUCUUCCCUAGUCGAAGUGCGAACACUUUUCUUAGAAGGCAAAUUGAAACGUAUUUCUGCUAUGUGCGUUGAAAGCACCGGCGCCAAAUUGCUCUUGGGCACCGAAGGUGGAAAUAUAUAUCCCUUAGAUUUAGUCACGUUCACAACGACGGAUGAUAUCAUAUAUCAGGACGUAGUUAUGCAACACGUUCCAGAAUCUUACAAGUUGACACCAGGAGCAGUGGAAGCUAUUAGUGAACGUCCUGGUCAUCCGGAUCAAUUAUUAAUUGGUUAUUCUCGAGGAUUAGCAGUAUUAUGGAAUAAAACUAAAAGUGCCGCAGCUGGUUCCUUUGUUUCAUCACAACAAUUGGAAGACGUAUCAUGGAACUCAGAUGGAAAAAAAUUUACAUCUGCUCACAACGAUGGCAGUUAUUGCGAAUGGGAUGUAGUAGAUGUUACAAUAAAAGCACCAGUUACUCCAUAUGGCCCUUAUCCUUGUAAAACUAUUCCCAGGAUUAUUAGAGGUAUGAGAAACGAUAAUGCACUUAUUGUCUUCUCUGGUGGGAUGCCAAGAGCCAGUCAUGGUGAAAAGCACACAGUUUCAGUAGUAGACUUUGGCAAAGGCGAGGAUAAACCUGUGGCAUUUGAUUUCACCAGUAAGGUUAUAGACUUCUUUCUGGUCGAUGCAUCAGGACACACUCCUCAAGCACUGAUCGUUUUGUGCGAAGAGGAAUUAGUAGCCAUAGAAUUAAAUUCUGAUAAUUGGUGUCAAUUGCCGCCACCUUACUUGGUGUCAUUGCACGCCGCUGCCGUAACAUUUUCACAACACGUUUCAAAUGUACCACAAUGGCUUUGGGAUGAUAUUAUCAACGCUGGUAAAUCACAAAUGGAAAAGGUUUAUUCUGAUAUGCAAUGGCCCAUAUCUGGUGGUGUUAUUAAUCCACCCGCUGAUGGCGAUGGUGCUCCACGCGAGUUACUCUUAACCGGGCACGAAGAUGGUUCUGUCAGAUUCUGGGACGCGUCGGGUGUUGCUCUUAGCCCUAUGUAUAAAUUUAGUACCGCUGGUAUUUUUAGCACUUUAGUUGACGAUCUCGAUGAUGGCCCGCCUCCAGAUGACGGCGAAGAGGAAUGGCCUGUUCUCAAACGCGCCGGUGUAUUUGACCCCUAUUCCGAUGAUCCUAGAUUAGCUAUCAAGAAAGUUUGCUUGUGUCCAAUGUCUGGCAUAUUGGCAGUCGCUGGAACUGCUGGACAUGUAGUUAUGGCCAAAAUCAAUGGUGAAGCAACUGAACUAAAAGUCACAACUAUGAAUAUUGUGUCAGACCGCGAUGGUUUUGUCUGGAAAGGUUAUGAUGAAUUGACUGUUAAAAGUACAACUCCGCCCACUGCGCCAGGAUUUCAGAUAAGUGGAGUCUUGCAAUUGCAUCCUCCUGCUGCUGUUACCUGUUUGGCCCUACAAGCUGAUUGGGGUUUGGUAUCUGUUGGAACCGCUCAUGGAAUGGCUCUCUAUGAUUAUUGCAGACACAAACCGGUUACAGUGAAAUGCACAUUAAACCCUCUUGACUUGAGCGGUGCGGGUGAUACUCCAAUUUCUCGUCGUAAAUCGUUCAAAAAAUCUCUGCGAGAAUCAUUUCGACGAUUACGUAAAGGCAGAUCAACACGACGCGCAGGUAACAAACGUGAUGAAACGCAACCGGCAGCGCCUGCUAACACUGGCCCGCAGACUCCCGCGGAAACGAGACCCGUGGAAAGACAAAUUGAAGCUAGGCCUGUUGAUGAUUCCUUAGGCAGUAUGGUUAGAUGCCUAUAUUUUGCUAGAACGUUUAUUGCUAAUUUGCAAACAAGUAGUGCCACUUUAUGGGCUGGUACAAAUAAUGGCACAGUGUACGUAUUUACAAUAAAUGUGCCCUCUGGUCAGAAAAGAGAGCAGGAUGAUGUUACAUGCCAGCUGGCUAAAGAAAUUCAAUUAAAACACCGCGCGCCGGUCAUAGCAAUCGCAGUUCUAGAUGGAGCAAGUCAACCAUUACCAGAGCCCUUAGAGGUAGAAAAAGGUGUGGCGCCAAUUCCUGAUUCAACACAACCACAUAGAGUAUUAAUUGCCUCUGAAGAACAAUUUAAAAUAUUUUCUCUUCCCAAUCUUAAACCUUUCUGCAAGUAUAAACUUACUGCUCACGAAGGUGCUAGAGUUAGACGUACUGGUUUUGCAACUUUCUCUUGCAAUUUAGAAUCCGGUGAAUAUCAUGAAACUGGAUUAUUAUGUUUGACAAAUCUUGGUGACUUGCUGGUGUUGAGUGUGCCAGAACUCAGAAGACAAUUAAAUGCUGCAGCUAUUAGAAGAGAAGAUAUUAAUGGUAUAUCUAGUUUGACAUUUACACGAGCUGGUGAGGCUUUGUAUUUACAUUCAUCUUCAGAAUUACAAAGAAUAACGGUUUCAGCUACGAAGGUUACAUCAGCAUGUUGUCAUUUAAAUCUUUCUCCUUCUGCACGUCCUGAAUUACAACCUGCACAAACAGAACUUGAUCAGGCCGAUUCUGCAGCCGAUGACAAUGAAGAAUGUGAAGAAACCCAAGGUGACAGCUCGAUAGAGAUUUUAUCCAAUGAUGCAUCAAAGGCCACACAAAAAAUUAUUGUCACUUCCGUACAAACUGUUAAGGAACAUACAACUAACUUAACCAGUUCUACAUCAAAUACCACACAGCAAGUUAAAGAAAAUGGUGAAAGGCUUGUAAAUGGUGUUUUGGAUUCUCCAAAUAAGACAGAAACUUCUGGAAGCCAGGACUUGGAUGUUACUAUUACGAGCAGUGUGGGUGAUAUUACUAUAGAUUCCGUUAAAGAUCACUUGAAUUCAACUUUCAUGAACAUGACAACCCUUAGUGGCGGGGGCGAUGAUGUUAGCGGCCGUCUUACAUUUUCUAAUAUGCCUCAAGCAGUGGUCUGUAGUGUGAUUGUAAAAACAACCACAACCACCAUCAAUAAUUCAUCAGGAAAUUCUUUAACAACGACUGAAGUAGUAAAUUCUACAAAUUCUGGGAUAACUAGUACACUUGAAACUGUAGAAACACGUGUAACCGGAGCUCCCAGCACUCGCAUUGUUGAGACUAGCUUAUUCACAUCAAGAGCUAAUCCUCGUGCGCCGUUAGCUUGCGUUGAAGAAAUGGAAUCAGAAGGGAUUCUACAAAUGAAACGUGAAGGAAUAAAACAUAAUCAAAGUAUUAAUAAUAAUAUUUCACAAGUUCGAUCAAACUUAAUGAAUUUUUCUAUGAAAACAAAGCAUUCCGAGAGCUGA